AUGGAUAGAGAGAACCGACGGCGCAGUUCCGGACGACGCGUGUCAUAUAACUAUAAGGAUGCCUUCAGAAACCUCGAACUUUCGGGCUCUGAGUCAGAAGCAGAAGAGCAAGACGCUGGUGAAGUUGAAGAGCCAGACGAAUUCGUGCCGCCCGCCGAAGAGGACGACGAUCCAGAUGAGUUCGUAGCAGAUGAGGAAGCGGAAGAAGAAGAGACGAAAGAGGAUGAAGAAGACCAUCCAUCAGGCAAGGACUUUGGAAAUGUCCUGCGCGGAGAUUCCAGCAUCCUCGAGCCUAAUGUCGCUCUCGGUAGUGCCCCUACUGCACCCAUCCGAUCAGCGAAAACAGGAUCUCUACGCACCACCGGCUUAUCAGGUGUCCGCUGUGUCGGUACCCCGGGCGUUGCGGGCGCGCGAUAUAUUCCCAUAGGCGCUAAAGCUGUCGGUGCACCGACUACAACUACGCGCCAGAGGGCUGUAGGAGAAUGGCGCGAGGGAGGUCAAGAGAGUCGAUUGAAAAACCUAUUCGGGCCUACGAGUGAAGAUCUGCGUCCCGUCUUCGAGACCAAGAAGAGAUGGCUCUCUCAAGAGACAUUACCGAGUCGAUCGUUCAAGCAUUUAGCGUCAUCACCAUUUGUCGCGGAAGAAGCUAGAGCAAAAGACACCAAAGGCUUACGCCAAUGGUACGCCGGGUUUGGACGAGCCGCCUUCGCUCAUGGCCAGCAAACCGGGCGAAAGACUGAAAAAGAGGCACAGGAUUACUUGGUGAAUCCUGGACCGGAUUCUCUAGAUCUACUAAUGGGCAGCCUAGAUAAUCAGCGCGUAAUUUCGAUCGAGAAGGGUCAAUACAUGAGCGCCGCAACUCCAUUUGCACCGGAUAACAAGCGGAAGGGUUGGGUCUUCCACCUAGGUUCACGGGUACAAGACGCAGAAUGGGCUCCAAACGAGCACGGAUCUACGCAAUAUCUUGCGGUUAUUGUCGAUCAGGACGAUACGGCCUCAAAGAAGCACAAACAUCUGGGGAAUCCAAAAGCACCUGCUUUCACGGCAACGCACUCUUUCCCCGCGUCAAUACAGAUCUGGGCAUUUGAUUCGACUAAAACGGGAAGCCUGGAUCCAAAAAAAGAACCGCGGCUCGCCCUUGUCAUCUGCACAGACUGGGGAGCCCCUAAAACAAUCAAGUGGUGGACCAUAGGCGCUCAAGACUCUCUUGAACAAGACCAGGACUGCCCUGUCCACCUUGGGUUGCUCGCUGGUAUCUGGUCUGACGGGAUGGUCAGGGUACUUGACGUCUCACUAGAGCAGUCCAUGGAGAACCCCUCGGCGACUCAGUAUUUGCACUACAAGAAGGCCGCCCUCGAGCUUGCCUUUAAUGGCCCAUGUUCCACAGACAAGGCUGGGAAGCCAGUAGAAAAAUUGAGUACACUGCCAACCUGCUUAUGUUGGCUCUCACCUACUACGUUCGCAGUCGGAACCGCGUCCGGCAAUGUUAUGAUAUGGUCGCUCACCCAGCCAGGAAUGUUCCCUUCGUCGGACACGCCAGACACCGAAAGUCAUCAUCCUCAGCCCUGGUUGCACAAACAGCUCGCAGACACCUACAUCAUCACUAUCUCUUCCGGCUACCCUUCUCACCCACAAUUCCUCUCUCUAACAACGGCCGACGGCUUCGCGCGCCUCAUCGACCUGCGUGCUCCCGUCGCAGACGCUAUAUCAUCCCCUCGCGGCCGCAUGCUGGUACAUUCUCAAUCCUGGCACGAACACACACAGUCCUUCGUCAUGGUCGACGAGUAUUAUAUGCUCAAGCACAGCACGCUGCGACGCUACCACCAGGCUAUCUAUACGUUCAGGACGGAUAGCACGCUUACGGCGGUUGCGACGAGCCCAGUUCAUCCAGCUGUCUUGAUCGGGACCUCGGACGGGAGUGUGGCGGCGACGAAUGGUCUGUGUAAGAUUCUGAACGCCAAGGAAAUUCCCUGGAGCCAGAUGUGGUUCAAGCAUGAGUGGAGGAAGCCGAUGAGAGAGUUGGGGAGGGACGCUGCUGCUGAUCUUGCCGUGCCAUCAGAUAAACGGGGUGGAGGCGAGGGACCUUCUCCCGCUGAUCCUGUCAUGCUAUCGCGACCACUCACGCGCAUCACUGAGGGUUAUAAGCCCGUGCAAACAAGUAUGCAGUACCCAGACUCGACAAAACGGCACAAGGACGGCGCAAGAUUCAUUACCAUAUUCGAGGAGAAUUCUGCUGCGACGAGGGUAGCGUGGAAUCCAAACCUGAGGUAUGGGACAUGGGCUGUUGCGGGGAUGCAAAGCGGGAUGAUGAGGGUCGAAGAUUUGGGUGUCUAG